UUUUCAUCACUUCCUUCCUCCACACAAGCAGCAGCCUAGCCACCGCUGCCAGCUCCAGCAACGUGGCUCCCACAGCACCAAAACAGCCUCAACCCAGACGAUGCCAGACAACAAAAGGUGUGCCUCAACCAAGGCCUCACAGCCUGCCUGCCUGAUGCUUGCCUGGGGGCUCCUGUUUUUUCUCUGGCCUGUGACCACAGCCACCCAGGGCUGCCCCAUACCCUGCACCUGCCAGAUCUUGGAAACCAUGGGGCUGAGAGUGAACUGCAAGGGGCAGGGGCUCACAGCCCUGCCUGUGCUACCAGCUCACACUCGCCAGCUCCUGCUGGCCAACAACAGCUUGCGUUCUGUGCCACCAGGCGCCUUUGACCAUCUACCCCAGCUGUGGAGCCUCGAUGUGACACAGAACCCCUGGCAUUGUGACUGCAGCCUCACCUACCUGCGCCUCUGGCUACAGGAUCACACGCCAGAAGCCCUGCUACAGGUGUACUGUGCUAGCCCUGACUUCGUCACCACCCGCCCAUUGGGCCAGCUGACAGGCUAUGAGCUGGGCAACUGUGGCUGGCAGCUGCCACCAUCCUGGGCCUAUCCAGGGGUCUGGUGGGAUAUAGCACUAGUAGCCAUAGCUGUGCUGGGCCUGGCUCUGCUGGCUGGCCUACUGAGUACCUGUACAGAGCCCCUGAACUGAGCCUAGGCACAGAAUGAUCCUGGGCCAGUAGUCUAGACCUAAGGCAGCUCUCCCGACCCACCAGCCCCAGUCAGCCCAUGCUAUCAAAAGCACACAGGAGGGGUUGGUGAGAUAGCAUAGUGGGUAAAGACGCUGCCCACUCUGAAGACCUGAGUUUGAUCCCUAGCACCACAUGGUGGAAGGAGAGAACUGAAUCCCUCAAGUUGUCCUCUGACCUCCACAAGAAUGCCAUGCAUGCACACACACAGACG